AUGCUAUACCUUGAUAACUCCGACCUAUCAAAUUUCGAACGGGCAGUCCCGCAGCACAGCAUCUCUGUUAUGGCGGCCAAACUAGCGGCUGCCGCUGUCGCCCUCUCCGCCCGCGCUCGCCACACCCGAACUCCGUGGCUCGGCCUGUGCUCUAGUAACUCCCCUCUCCACCCAUUCAUCCCUUCCCGCCACUUCGAUUCCCCGUCCGUCCCUUCCGCCGCACCUUCUGCGAAGGACUCCAAUUCCUCUACACCUGUCAGUCCGCCAUCCUUAGAUUGGUCGCCGGAGAGACUGCAGCGGCAGGCGCUGCCGCUGAAGGCGGCGCAAUUCGCGGGGGCCGGCGGCGGACUGGGCGCGGGGGCAGUAGGGAGACGCGGAGAAGCGGCGGCGGGAAAUGCGGUGGCUGUGGAACCAGGAGCGAGCAGGCAGCGGUCGCACGGCGUGCACGUGUUUCAAUGCAAGGACCGGCUGGGAAUAGUGGCGCGCAUAUCGGAGUGCGUGGCGUCGAGGCACGCGAAUCUGCUCAACGUGGAUCUGCACAUCGACUUUGAGGCGCCCACGCCCAUCUUCUACUCCCGCAGUGAGUUCUCGUUUGACCCGGCGAGGUGGCCGCGGCAGCAGAUGCAGGAGGACUUUGCAGCGCUGGGCUUGGAGCUGGGCGCGGAGAGGUCCAAGGUGCACGUCAUGGCACAGGACAAGCGCCUGCGCAUGGCCGUGCUGGUGUCGCAGCAGGACCACUGCCUAGUGGAUCUUCUGUAUCGCUGGCAGGAGGGGGUUCUGCCUGUCGACAUUCACUGCGUCAUCAG